GGGUGGAGCUCUGAAAGGCCGGCGUGCUUUCGAAAUCUCAUGGCUUCGCGGUGACUUGUAUAAUGGAGAAAUGUAUCGGAUUCGUGAAUUGGCGAGGACUUAUGAGGUCGUACAGGAAUGCACGAAAGCGAAAUUGCGUGGCCUCGUUAUCAGCAGGCAUAAUUGCUUUGCUUUGUUUCACCCGCCCCCAAUAGCUGUCUUCUAAUGGCACUACGGAUAUCGCUAUGAGUUAGUAAUGCAGUCUCUGUGCUCGGUCGAGCACUCUAGCUCCUUAUCUUUGAUGCAAUAUGGUUGGGCGGCGUCCUGUUCAUCUUGUGGAGAAUGUUUGUGGUCCUGUCCAUGCAAUGUCACUUGGAACUCUUGCGAAGACCUGUUUGUCGAGCUCGUUCGUUUCUCUCUUGUAUCUGUUCUUCUCUGUGACAGCCUGUUUCAUGUGGUCAUGGUCCUCGAUGUUGAAGAAGCUUUGAUGAUAUGGCUAGUUCCACUCGUCGCAUUGUGCUUUUGUUUUUCUUUUGUCUGCGGAUGGUACUCCGUGUAUGCGCAUGUCCUCCCGAUUUAAAGCUGAAGUUGUUUCUCCUCCGGGGUUGUUGCAACAGAGAUUCGUUCUCGAUGCCAGUGAUUAUCGUGGAGUUGACCUCUCGACUGCGCGGAAGCGACCUGAUCGUAUGACUACGCACAAAGCAGAGUAUUAUGUGACGGGACUGGGUAAGCAGCCAGUGAGAUGUCUUCUUUGCUUUGACUGUGGUUUACUGCGGCUUGUUACUCUUUCAAGAAGACUGGGUUGCGAGUGGCGGUAUGUAGUUUCGGAAUGGCGAGCAAAAAGGUGGUCGCUGCGUGGACUCUGCCGUAGAGAUCUUUUCAGGUGCAGGAAUGUCCGACUUCGUAUUCUUGGAAACGGAGACUGGGUGUGUAGAACGAUGCAUGGGAGGUCGUCCAAGUUGUGCACACGACGAGGAUAGACCGUGGGGCGAGGACUGCGCCAAGACACAUCAGCCGCCUGUACUGCCGGUGGUGGUAUGGGGUAAGAUUCGUAGGGGGAAAGCUUGGCUUCGAGAGUGGGCUGAACCAAUUUUUGGGAACAUCUUCUGUCUUCGAGACAGAUUCAUCUGUGACAUGGUCUUAUCCAUGUACUCCAUAUGGAGGUAUGGACAAGGGUUGUCCCCCCGAGCUCAUCUUCAUCAUGAAGUCCCUUAGUCUACAUAUCGUAACCGUAUUGCGAAACUUAACCUUCGUUGGCAAUAUGGAUAGACGGACAACCUUUUGGUAUUUUACUCUUUCUCAAGUUUAACAUGAUGGUGUCCGGCUGCAGACGAUAAAUGUGUGCUCAAGGGUCAAGGUAUCAUCUGAUGCAUUCCAUCACUAAUGAAACUGGGUCGCGUCGGUAUGAUAACCUCCGCAAACUCGACUCGCGUUUCAACGUGGAGAUAUUCUAACUUUUUCUGUAACAAGUACCUUUAUGUUUGAUGACCACUGCAUAUUCUGGACAUUGGUCAUAUAACUAAGACGUAACCCACU